AUGAAGGAGAGGCGGCGGCGAGACAAGAUCAGCGAUGGGUUGCGGCAGCUGAGGCAAGCACUCCCCGCCAUGCUGCUGGGGCCGCGGCAGGACAUGGCGUCGAUGAUUGAGGCAGCCAUUCAACACAUUGGCAGUCUCGAGUCCCGUAUCCAGGAAAUAGAGGCAGGCGGGGAUGGGGAUGGAUCAGAAGGGGAGUCCCAAAAAAAAGAGACUCGACCUUGUUCGCGACGGAAUUCGGCAAUUAACCGCCGCAGCCGGCGCAGCUCCUCCCGGGGCGGCGGACGCGAAGGGUGUGACGCCAUGAAUGACCGCGCCGCGGUUGCACUGCUAGACGCGCGGCGGGAGCAGACACAGCAUGACGGCGCCGGGCCGGCGUCGCGAGUCGCCACCGAAACGGCAUCAGCAGCGGAUGUGGAGCAUUGGCUGCGGGCGCUAGAAGAGGUCAGCGGCGCGGCAGACCGCGACAUUGCCGGUGCGGCGCUCGCACCAGGCUUGCAGAUUCCCCUCGAUUUGCUCCAACAGUCUGCCGACGCCGCGUUGUUUGCUCAGCUUCAGAUGCUCUCCGCGCCGCCAUUCGACGCGCCUUCGCUUGACCUUCACGACGCAGUGGUAACCAGACCUGUCACCGGCGGCGCGAGUUCCCUCGCACAGCCUGCGCGAAAUUCGUUCGCGCACAACGUUCCAAUGGCGACCUCGGGCCCGAUCGCGCGACACGGAUUUUCCGCGACGUUGGGCGCGAAAUCUCCGCGCCUAUCGGCCACUGGGAGCGUAUCAGAUCACAACCAACGGCGCUUCGCGACUCGGGGUCGUGAGGGCGACGCGAGCCGUAAUUAUCAGGCUUCGACCCUCCCCCGGCCUGGAGACGUCACAGUAACAACCGCGACUCAGGCUGAGCGAGAGGCCGCGUUGCCCGGCGGCGACUGUCGCUUUACCAGCGGCAGCGGUUCCAUGUUCCCCCCAAUCUCCCCGACCGGCGGAAUUUCCCCGCAUCACCCGGCGACCCACAGCCGCGGCGCGUCAGGCGGCGCCGCCGCGGCGUCUCAGAAGGUGUCGCUGCUCGCCGCCCCCUCCGCCGCCGGAUCCGGCGCCCUCCCGCCGUCCAAAUGCGCCAGCAGCAAGCUCGCUUUGGAAAUGCUGCACAAGAUGCGGCAAGGCGGGUUAGUGUUACCAGGGGUAUUAGUACCCGGCCAGCCCAAACAGCCCAUACUCUCAGCCGCAGAUGCUGCUAUGCUCGCGAAUGAUGGCACAUUCGCGGGUUUCGACAGACUGGAAGGCGUCAAAACAGAUCUUAUGGCUACUCGUGCUGCGCUGAUAGGCAUGCGCGGCACUGACGCGUCGGGCGCACUGCUGAUCGGGAGCCGGCCAAGCCAGCCUGCUGUGAAAUCUCCAAGUGUAGCGAAUCGGCCGAGCCAAGAUGGUGUUAAGUCACCGCGGGCACAAGCAGGAGAGGCUGGAACCCCUGAUGAUGCAAGAGGCAGCGGGGAUGGAAGCACGCAGGCGCUGGACUCACCCCGCGUGGGCACAUCAGGUGCAGGGGGGGCAGCGGCAGCAGCAGCAGCAACAACAGCAGCAGCAGCGGCAGCAACAGCGGCAGUACGGGUGGCAGGAGUGAAAGCCCAGACGACGUCGGAAGGCCGAGGAGGUGCGGGUCCUGCCACGUCAACGCCUUUGUCAGGAGGCGGGGCGGGUUUGUCGGGUGGAUUGUCGGCGGAGGAUGACUGGCGGCCGCGCAGCCGAACGCGGUUUGACGCCGAAGCGAUGCGGAAGGGGGAGAUUAAGCCACGGAGCAUGAAGGAGAGACGGCGGAGAGACAAGAUCAGCGAGGGGUUGCGGCAGCUAAGGCAAGCCAUACCAGAAAGUCUGCUGGGUGCGCAACAAGACAUGGGUGCUAUGAUCGAAGCAGCAGUCAUACACAUAAGCAAUCUACAGGCCCGAGUGAGCAAACUCGAAAGAGGUGCAGCAAUUGAAGAGAUUGUGGACAGAAUGCAGCCAUGA